GUUCCUCCCAAAAAUUAAAAAACAAGAGUGCAGGGAUUUUAGGAAGGGCAAAUGGGCGCCAUCAUUUCAUCGACAGUUCCAAAAUAUUUUCUCUCUCCUCCCUCUUGUCUGCAAAUUCCGAUCUACUGUUGUAUCAUUCUUUGAUUCUUUCCAUUUGGCAUCUUCCUCACUUUAUAUCUUCUUCAAACUCUCACUCCUUUAACUUCUUUCGAUCUUUCUUCUCAUUUUUUCGAUUUUUCAGGUUAAUUAAAUGGAUGCUAUGCAAACAAGUCCUGAGCGCCGUCCAUUCUCCAUUAAACUAUGGCCUCCUAGCCAAAACACAAGGAUCAUGCUUGUUGAACGGAUGACCAACAAUCUUUCAACUCCAACAAUUUUUACCCAGAAGUAUGGUAGCUUGAGCAAGGAGGAAGCUGAGGAGAAUGCUAAGCAAAUUGAAGAGGAGGCAUUUACUCUUGCGAAUCAGUUCUAUGAAAAGGAGCCAGAUGGUGAUGGAAGCUCUGCAGUCCAGCUUUAUGCCAAGGAAUGCAGUAAACUCAUAUUAGAAGCUCUUAAAAGAGGUCCAGCAAGUAAAGUUGUUAGGGAAGUGCCAACUCUUGAGGCAGUCCCUGAAAGUUUAUUUGAUAUAUCAAAAGGCCCACGUGCCUUCAUUGAGGCUGAAGAAGCGGAAGAGCUUUUGGCACCACUAAAGGAUCCAUCAAACAAUUACACUAAGAUAUGUUUUAGUAACAGAAGUUUCAGCCUAGGUGCAGCUCGGAUAGCAGAGCCUAUUUUGGCAUCAAUCAAGAAUGACUUGAAGGAAGUGAACCUGUCUGAUUUUAUUGCCGGUAGGCCAGAGGCAGAAGCCCUGGAAGUCAUGAACAUGUUUUCAGCUGCUCUUGAAGGUUCUGUCUUGAAAUCUCUUGAUCUCUCAAACAACGCCUUGGGAGAGAAAGGUGUUCGAGCAUUUGAAAAACUUCUGAAAUCACAGAGUAGCUUAGAGGAGCUUUACUUAAUGAACGAUGGUAUCUCAGAGGAGGCAGCACGUGCCGUUUGCGAAUUACUUCCGUCGACAGAGAAGCUCAGGGUCCUUCAGUUUCACAAUAACAUGACAGGGGAUGAAGGUGCUCGUGCUAUUUCCGAGAUUGUCAAACGUUCUCCCUUGCUGGAGGAUUUUAGGUGUUCCUCAACAAGGGUUGAUUCUGAAGGUGGGAUUGCCUUAUCUGAAGCUCUGGAGGGAUGUACUCAUUUGAAGAAGCUUGACUUGCGCGACAACAUGUUUGGAGUUGAAGCAGGAAUUGCUUUGAGUAAAGCACUUUCAAAACAUGGAAAUCUUAUUGAAGCCUACCUAAGUUAUUUGAACUUGGAAGAUGAGGGCACUAUUGCCAUAGCAAAUGCUCUUAAAGAUUCAGCUCCUUUGCUUGAAGUAUUGGAGCUGGCAGGAAAUGAUGUUACACCUGCUGCUGUACCUGCCUUAGCUGCAUGCCUAGCAUCAAAACAGCACCUCUUAAAUCUAAACUUGGCAGAAAAUGAGCUCAAGGAUGAAGGAGCUAUACAAAUAAGCAAGGCUCUUGAAGGUCAUACUCAGCUUAAGGAACUUGAUAUGAAUACAAAUGCAAUAAAUAGAGCUGGUGCUAGGGUUUUGGCUAACAUGGCGGUGAAUAAGCCUGAUUUUCAAUUAUUGAAUAUUAAUGGGAAUUUCAUCUCCGAUGACGGAAUCGAUGAUGUUAAUGAUAUUUUCAAGAAGUUUCCCGAGAAGCUUGGGUCAUUAGAUGAGAAUGACCCAGAAGGCGGAGACGAUGAUGAAAAGGAAUCCGCUGAGGAUGAUGAAGAGGAGAACGAACUCGAAUUCAAACUGAAGAAUCUUGAUGUUGAUGAGGAAUAGGUGAAUUUCUGAUAUGUGAAAGUUAUUUAGGAUCAGCAGCUUAGUUUUAGCAACUAAAUCCAUAGCUGUCCUAUUUUAUCUUGGACAUUGCUUUGGAUUGAUGGCAUCUUAGAGCAAGACAGAAUUAUCUUGACUUGUAGGUUUAAAUUUGUAGGUUUUCUUCUCAUGUUGAACUCACAUCUUUUCUUUUAUUCUAUUGAACUUGUUAGAAAUGUUGUAAGAAAAAGAUUUUCAUUGUGCUUCUGAAGUAUUAGUAUCAUGUAGCAAAGUCAGUUCUUUUA